AUGUCAGAAACUGCGGAAAAUCCCGAAGAUCUUGACCAGUUGAUCAGAGAAGAAGCUGAGAAGGUCUUCAGACACAUUGCCGUGGAUCUGGCUAGUCGUCAUUUCGAUGAAUUUGAUAUUUCCGACACUUAUCAGUAAGGUUUUUAUCUUUUUCUUUUUAUCCGUUCUAGUGAUCCUGCAUAAGAUGAUUUUAUCCCAAUUUCAUCGGAUUUUCAGCCUCGAUGACUGUGUGAUUGACCCAUUGGAGCUGCUGGGUGAUAUCCCCGAAGUUGGUUGUGUUCCCACAUCCAUUCAUCCUGUUUUGGAUGCUGAAACCGGGGAUGUGAUUGGAUUUGAGGAGAGUUGGAAUCAGGAGGCGGAAGUUCUCGCCGAUGCUGCCCAUUCCAUGUCAAUGUUGCGGGCACCUGAUCCGGAGGCAUUUGGGAAGGUCAAAGGAAAGUCUGGGAAUAUUCCGUUUAUUCCCGGGGGGUUUGACACCAGCACCUUGAACGACAUUCUCAAGGACCCUUAUUCGGUGUCGGAAGGGGAAGAUGAGGAGAAAUACUUGAAUUUCGAAGGUGGGUACUUUGAUUUUUUUGUUCAUUUUUUAGAUUGACUAUUGGAGCAACUAAUUUUUUAAUUUGAGCUCUUUUGAUGGAUCAGUUUUUGACUUACAGCCGAUAUUAUCAAUCCCAUCCUACUUUCAAUGGAUAAUAUAAAAAUUUCGCUGUUUUUGCUAAAAUCUUGAUGAAAAUAGAUGCCGAAUGGCUUUAUAAUCAUAGAGUAAACUCCAUUAUUUGGUUUCCAGUCCUUCUCGACCAGCCGCCCGGCUUCAGCGAGCCAGUCGAAGUCCCCGAAACCGUCCAGCCCUUGGAGGGAAGAGACGUUGCUCCACCUGGAUUUGACACCUCUCCAGCCCCUCCUCCCGGUCUGGCGAUGUCUCAACCACAAAUCACCUCAACCGAUCUUCAACAUAUCCAAGAGACGGCCGAAAUUGACCCAUCCAUCCAACAAGAGUCGAAGCCUUCGAUUCAUGUGGAAGAUUCGGAUAUCCCCGACGAAUUUGAGGCGCUGAAAAUAGAAGGCAACGAUGAUUUGGUCCUCCAAAUGGCUCCGGAGAUGGCCGAAUUCACGCAUGCCAAGCUUUUGGACGAGGAAAAGGUAAAACAAAAAUUUGAGGCACUAAAACCGGAACUGGUCAAGGAAUACCCGUUCGAGCUGGAUACAUUCCAAAAAAGUGCGGUUGUGGCGAUGGAGGCGGGUGAUUCGGUGUUCGUGGCCGCUCAUACAUCCGCCGGCAAGACCGUGGUGGCGGAUUAUGCCAUUGCUUUGGGGCAAUUACAUAAAACAAGGUGAGAAAAGAUAAACAAUGUAAAUUAAACAGUAUUUUUUGAUGUUAGAAGUUGAUGAUUGGGUUAGCUAAGGUGGUUAGUUAGUUGUUAAUUCGUUUUUUAUCAUUUUGAGGUCAAAAGGGGACAUUUUAUACGAUAAAUUUUGAUCUUGGAGAAGAUGGAAAUUUCGAGAUUUUUUGAUAGCAAAGGGAAUAAAAAAGCCUGAAAAAAGAUGUAUCUUGCCUAUUUAGCCCAUUUUAAGUCUAUUAUAUGACAUUUUAGCCCUGUUUUGGAUCAAAAAUAUCUUAUUUUAGGACAAAAAGACGCUUAAAAUUGAUUAUUUUUGAUGUAAAUCUCAUUUUUGUUGUUGAAAUCGUAUCAAAUUUUCAAUUAAUUGCCGUAGUUUAUCUUCUGCUUUCUUCAGAGUCAUCUACACCUCUCCCAUCAAAGCCUUGUCUAACCAGAAAUUCCGAGAAUUCAAAAACUCGUAUGGUGAUGUGGGCCUGAUCACCGGAGAUAUUCAGCUGGAAACUGACGCAUUCUGCCUGAUCAUGACCACCGAAGUCCUUCGUUCGAUGUUAUAUAACGGUUCGGAGACAAUCCGCGAGCUGGAAUGGGUCAUUUUCGACGAAGUUCAUUAUAUUAACGAUGAAGAGAGGGGACACGUAUGGGAAGAAGUGCUGAUCAUGCUCCCAUCCCAUGUGAAAAUUGUCAUGCUGAGCGCUACAGUGCCAAAUUGCUUGGAAUUUGCGGAUUGGGUGGGGUAAGGAGGGGCUUUUUGUAUUGAGGGAAAGACUUGACCCGAAAAUUGGAAAUGAGGGUUAGAGAUGACGCGAAAUGUUCGAAGUGGUAGAGAGUAGUCGGUUGUAUUCAAAAACGGUUGAAAUUGAGAGAAAAUUUGUUUUAGAAGGCCAUUUUUAGAGGAACACUUGACUCAACCAUGUAUAAUAUAAUUCCUAUUUGUAGUGGUCCGAGGCUAGAAUAUGGAGAUCUAGGAGUUUUAGUGUCAAUUCCAGAGGUCCUGAGUCACUUUUAUGCCAAAAUUAACCUCCUGCGAGGAAGAUUUUUAAUAGAGUUUUACUGAGUCAAGUCUUCCGCUCAGUCGUGAAAUUGAAAAAUACACAAUAUGAAGUGAUCUCCAUGCUUUUGCAUAGUUUAUAACUUCCAUUUCAGACGAAUCAAGCAGCGGAAAAUCACCGUAAUCCAGACACUGAAGCGUCCCGUCCCACUGGAACACUUCAUUUACACCGGCUACAACGCCAAAACCAGAGACCAGACGUUCCUCAUUCGCGAUGCCGACGGCCACAUUCAUCCCGAAAAUUGGCAAAAAGCGAAAGAGGCCAAAGAAAAAUUGAGUCGACCGGUCGAUCCGAAGAGCUUGAAGGCCCCACAACAGCAGAAUCAAAAAGGCGGCCAGGGCGGAGGAAAUCGAAAUAUUCAGGUGGGAUUUUUUGCGCUGUUUGGGACGCAAUUUGCAUGUUGAAUUGGGUUUGAAGAUUUUGAAGUUUAAAAAUUUGAAUUCCCGCCAAAUUUGGCAUUGUGUUUUUUGAUGUCAAAAAUGCCAGAGCGUACGUAUUUUAAAUCAGUCAAACAGUUGUUAUAGGUUAUAUUCAGUCCAUUUUGAAAGUUAAAUUGAGAUGUUGGGUUCGAAAAUUCAAAUUUCCCGCCAAAUUUGGCAUUGUGUUUUUUGAUGUCAAAAAUGCCAGCACGUUUUUUAAAUUGGUAAAACACUUGUUAUAGGUUAUAUUCAGUCCAUUUCGAAAGUUAAAUUGAGGUAUUGGGUUCGAAAAUUCAAAUUUCCCGCCAAAUUUGGCAUUGUGUUUUAACGGCGAAAAAGUGACGUCAUUGAUGUUGGAAUCGAAGCAAUAUAGCAAUAAUUUUGUUUGCAACCAGUUUUGUUUGGUUUUAGUGAAGUUUACUGCGGUUUCGAACAUUAAUUUAUAUUAUUCAUGCCAAAAAAAAUUUUUCUAGAUUUUUUGCUACUUUUUUGUAAAUUUGGUUUCAGAAUUGGGUGUAAUCGGAGAAUUCGCACUUUUAGGAAAAUUAUUUUGACAGUGGCAAGGGUGGACGACUAAAAUAUUCCCUAAUAAUCCCAAUUUUUCAGCAAAAACAACAAAAAUUCCAAAAUUAUCGGCUGAAUCAGCAAGUAAACCAGGCUCGAUCCAACAAUUUUACUGGCUCAAAUAACUCCGGCGGCUCCAACAAGUCCAUCUACACGCACCUGAUCUACUACCUCAACGAAAAAGUGCUGGUUCCGGCGGUGAUCUUCGUCUUCAGCCGAAAGCGCUGCGAUGAAUACGCAAAUAUGCUGCACUCAGUGGACUUGACCACGGAAUCGGAGAAGAAUCAUAUCAACACGUUCUUCAAAAAGGUUAUUGACCGCCUGAAGGGAAGCGACAAGGAUCUGCCGCAGGUAAAAUUGGGGUUUUAAGGGAUUUGGGGGGAUUUUUGGAGAUUUUUUUGAUUUUUUUGCAAAUUUUGUGGGAUUUCUUAUUUUUAAAGUUAUGUAGGGUAGUUAGCAAGGUAGUUUAAAGAUCAGUGAAGAGCCUGUAUGUGUAAUUUACAUUAUGAUAGGGGAUUUGCCACCUGCAGAGAUCAAUUUAUAUUAACCAUGACGUUAUUUGAGGGGCUUCGAAAGAAAAAUGCGGGUUUGAUGGUAAUUUUGGGAAUGAUAAUGCCUAAAAAUGGACGAGAUGGAAAGAAUAUGAGUUGUUAAAUGCAAAAAACUGCAAUUUACAUUGGAAUAGAGGCUUUCCCAGCAACAGAGAUCAAUUUAUAUUAACCAUGACAUUAUUGGCAGGGCCUCGAAAAAAAGUGCUGUAAUUGGUGGGAAGUUAAUGUAGAUAGUUGUAGAUUAUGAUAAAUUGUAUCUAUAGGAAUCCAUUCUCAUGUUCUAACGAGACUACAACGUUCGGUUUACUAUUUCUUACCAAAAAUUCGAAUUUAUAUUCCACUUGAUGCCUAGUGUAAGAUCAUCUUUUUUAAUGAAAAAACUUGAUGUAAAUAGUAAAUUUGAUGCUUAGAGGACAGUUUUUAUCAUGUUGUAUUAUUCUAUGUUUGCUACAGGUCCUGCAAAUGCGUUCCCUUUGCGUGCGCGGCUUCGCCGUCCACCACUCCGGAAUCCUGCCGAUCCUGAAGGAAGUGGUCGAAUUGCUGUUCCAAAGAUGCUUGGUCAAGGUCCUGUUUGCGACGGAGACCUUCGCCAUGGGCGUGAACAUGCCCGCACGCACCGUGGUGUUUGAUGAAAUGGAGAAAUUCGAUGGAUUGAGACGCCGAGACUUGAACCCCACCGAGUACGUGCAAAUGGCCGGAAGAGCGGGCCGCAGAGGCCUCGACAAGACCGGAAUUGUCUUCAUUUUGACGAAGGCAACAGUCCCACCCCUCCUCCAAUUCCAACAACUCCUCAUGGGCCAAGCGGUGCGGCUGGAGAGCAAGUUUCGAAUCACCUACACCAUGCUGUUGAAGUUGAUGAGAGUGGAGCAAUUGAAGGUCGAGGAAGUGAUGAAGAGGUCCUAUGUGGAAAGGAGCAGUCUUCGGUUGGUGAAUGAACGCGAGUCCAAGAUUAUGGAGGUGAGAAGUGGGCGAUUGUGGGGAUGGGAGAGGAAUUGGAGACAAUUUUUUGGAGGGCAUGGAUAAUAUAGGAGGCAGUGGAAAAAUGGUUGUUUGAAAGGGAUUUUUUAGUAAUAGAUGGUUGAUUCUUAUAUUUUUUGGACACGAGGAGAAUUGUGAAGAUAAUAAAUGGGCCUUUUUGGAUACCACAAUGGAAUUAUUGUGUGAUUUUGGGGGUCAAGUGUAAUAUACAGUGAAAAUGGGAAAAUUGAUGAUUUUGAAAAAAUUUUUGUUUUUGGAGAUGCAUAAAACAAAUGGAAAUGUAUAAUAUAGUGCAUAGAGAGUAAUACUAGCACCAUUUAAUACAUAGGCAUGGUAAAAUUUUGGCUUAUUUUUCGAUUUUUUUAGCUCCGAGAGAAGGUGGACGCCAUGUCCGUUUUGGACUGCGAAUUGUGCACGGAGAGGGAUAAUCUGGGCAGAACAGCGGCCGAAGCCCUUCUUCAGGACCUCAUCGACUACCAGAAAGCAUCGAAAGCUCUGUGGAGUCAGAUGGAAAACGUGGAUUCGAUCCGGAAAACGCUCCAAAAAGGAAGAAUAAUACUGAUUUCCUAUCCGCCACUCGGCAUUUGGGGACGUCUGGCGGUGGUUUUGGAGGUAACGAGGGUUUUUUGAAUCUUUUUAAAUCCUUUUUGUGCUGAUUGAGGUGGAGGGUUACUGGAAUUUUUACGGUUUUUUAGAAGGAAAGUACUUCUAUGGGGUUUGGAGUUACAGGUCGAGAUAUGUAUCAAAAAAUCGCAAAAUUUUUCUGAUUGAGAAUGUGUAAAAAUUAGCGGCCCAAUUUUGGUUUGUAAGGGCGAAAAAACCCUCAGAAAUUUUCUCCUAAAACCACGCAAAUGCCCCUUUUUUACAUUGGAACUACUAAUUAAGGUAUAGUAUUAAUAAAAUUUGAUAUUUUAAGGCUUGCCAAGAAGCCAGGGUUUAUUUUAGCUCGCAAAUGCCUUUUUGACCAAGUUUUCACAAAUUGAAAAAAUUUUUUUGAGCUAAAGUAAUCAUGGCAAGCCUUAAAAUAUCAAAUUUGAUCUAUACUACACCUUAAUAGCAGUUUCAGUGUAAAAAAAGGAAUUUGCGUGGUGUUGCGAGAAAAGUUCUGAGCAUUUUUUCGCCCUUACAAACCAAAAUUGGGCCGCUAAUUUUUACAUAUUCUGAAUCAGAAAAAUUUUGCGAUUUUUUUGAUACAUCUUUCGACCUGUAACUCCAUACCCCAUAGAAGUACUUUCAUUUGCUAAAAAUUGCCAAAAACCCCCGAUUUUUCAGCCGAAACAAAACGAACAUCUCCAACUCCGCCUGUCCGUGAUGAUCUCGGCGGACGAGAGUCGACGCGAAACCGACGAUCAUGCCAUCAAAAAAUGGAAAGAGCUCGGCCAGGACGCGAAAUCCAAGAAAGAAACGGACUUGUUCUUGGAGGUGGCGCCGAAACGCGGCAUCUUCCCAAUAGACCCCGACAGCUUCCGCCAAUCCUACCGAAUCAUCGAGGAUUUGGAGCCGCACAACGUGCUGGCCAUCUGCAAAGCCAACGUGAAGAAUGUGGAAGUGGAGAACAUCAAGAAAGAAAACGACAAACAAAAAAUGUCCCUCAAGUCGAGAGGUCUGGAACCCUGCAUAACCAAAGUUCUGGUCCAAUUGGUCACUUUCAGCGAACAGUGGACCCUCAACGGACCCCCAAUCAGCCUACCAGCUCGCGAUCUCAAGAUUAAUGAAGUGAAUUUGUACGAAACGGCGCAAAAAGUCAACGAAAUGGCGGAUCGUCUCAUGGACAAGGAGGAAUAUAGGUGCAGAAGAUGCGAAGACUUCGAAGAACAUGUGAGUUGGAUGUGGAAGGGAUGGAAAUGAGCUCAAAGGGGAAUUACACGCCAAUCCAGCGCAUUUCCUGAACCGUUUCGAAAUUAUCGGCACUUUUUCUCGCCCGAAACAAUUUCUUUUUCUCGAAAAAGAAGAAAAAAGAUAAGAAAGUGCUUUUUAUCGGAUAGUGACAUUUCGUUUUGAACGAAUCACCAAAAAGGGGCGGGAAAUUUUUUCUUCUUUUUUGGGUUGACGUGAAUUGGAAUAAAGAGGUGUUUUAGGCCUGGGAAAACGACGACCACAAAUUUUUUUUUGAUUAAAAGGUCCCGAUAUUACUUUAGGUAUAACUGACUAAAUCAUCCGAAUUUUAGUAUCGCAAAGUGUCUAAAACUGAACUGGGACGAUUGGGGAAAAAGACGAUUGGGGAAACCGAAAAGUAUUAUUUUUCUUCGAUGCAAGUGUCGAAAUUAGGAUAAUCAAGGGUGAUAAUUUCGAAAAUGUCAUUCAUUUUUUGAUAGUAACUUUUUUAUAGUACUGUAAAUCAGUAAUUUUUUGAAUUUUUUUCAUGAAUAUUCGAUUUGGUGGUUUUCAAUGCUGCUGAUUCCGAAAAAAUUUUUUAAGUCACUCUUUCGGAUUUGAAAGGAGCACCAUCUAAAAACCCCAAAUCGAAUAUUCAUGAAAAAAAUUCAAAAAAUUACUGAUUUAUAGUACUAUUUAAGGAAAAAAGUUACUAUCAAAAAAUGAAUGUCAUUUUCGAAAUCAGCAGCUUCGAUUAUCCCAUUUCGACAUUUGCAUCGAAGAAAAAUAAUACUUUUCGGUUUCCCCAUUCGUCUUUUUCCCCGAUCAUCCCUUUCCCAAUCGUCUCAGUUCCGGUUUAGACACUUUGCGAUACUAAAAUUUAGAAGUUUUGGUCAUCUGUUAUACCUAAAGUAAUGUCGAGAUUUUUUGAUCAAAAAAGUGCUCUGGGGAGAAGUUUGUAAUUUAAAAAUAGACUUACUGGCCCCUUCUUCUAGUUCAAAAUCAUCAGAGAACGCCAGACAGUCCUCGACGAACUCACCGACCUCAUUUAUCGGACCUCCGCCGACGGCCUUCAACUCUCCGACGAAUACAAAAAACGCAUCAUAAUCCUAAGACAACUCAAUUAUAUCGACAAGAAUAGUGUGGUAAACUUGAAAGGGAAGGUCGCUUGCGAAAUAUCGCAUAUGGAAAUGCUGAUUACCGAGCUGAUUUUGGACAACCAUUUCGAAUCCAAAACACCAAGCGAGAUUGCCGCAAUGUUCUCGGCGCUGACUUGUCAGUACACGGAUUCGAAUACAGAUGCUGAAGAGGCAAAGUUUAUUAACCCGAGAAUGGCUGAGGCGAGUUUGGGGAGGUUUGAGGGGGUUUGGAUAUGAUUUUGAGCCGAAAGUUAUAUUAGAGUAAGGUUUGAAGAAGGGCUUUGGAAAAAUGUCGGUUUGAUGGUAAUUUUGGAUGAGAUAAUACCUAAAAAUGGAGUAGAUAGAAAUAAUAUGAGUUGGUAAAUAUAAAAAACUGCAAUUUGUAUUAGAAUAAGGGAUUUCCCAGCAGCAGAGACCAAUUUAUAUUAACCAUGACACUAUUUGGAGGGUCCCGAAAAAAAGCGCUGUACUUGGUGGAAAGUUAAUGUAAAUAGUUGUAGAUUAUAAUAAUAGUAUCUAGAGAGGUCUAUUAUCAUGUGAUAACGACACUACGAUGUUUGGUUUACAGGGUGCGGCAAAAAAAUGGAAACUUUUUUCAUUGGGUCCUGACGCGAAAAGUUUUUAAUGCAGCACAAUUAUUUUCAUACGAUUAAAUUCUACGUAGUUUUCUCUCCUAGACCUUACAAUUUCAUGUCCAUAUCGGUUUAUUAACAUUCUUUUUUUGAAUGUCAAACAAAGGGACCUCGAUUUUGGACCUGUUUUUAAGCUGUUCGAAGUGCUAAUUUGCCCGGUAUAGAAACGACGUUGUACCCAAACUAAUCACACAAUGCAAGGAGCUUGUCAACAAUUUUAAGCGUCCAUUAAGUGAAAGAAAACGCACCGCCGUCACUUCUGCCAGCCGCGAAGUCAUCAACAGCGAAAUCCGUCGAUUUCCAGAAAAAAUUGCCCGCGAGACCGGUACUAGCGACCGACCAGUCGGCCUAAUAGCUAAAAAUUAGCUCAAGAUCUCCCCACGGAAGGUCUAAAAUGCCUAACUCCUCACCGGCAAGAUCAAGCCCGUACGCCUGAAAAAAUGCCGAAAAUUCAGACGUCGGGCCGCAGGUCCACGUUGGGAGCGCGUUCCCUUCGCGGUGCAAUGUUUGGCGGGUGCAAACCAACAGAACGUUAGAAUCCAAUCCGAUGAGUCCUUCUGUACGUCGGCUUACGACGAACACCGUCAAAAUCCGGGCCGUCAUCGCCUAAGGCGGGAUUUUUGCCAGCGGCAAGAAUUCCGAGAUUUUCGUGGAUCAAGAGGGCAAAAUUCUAGCGCCGCGUUAACCUCGAUUUCCUCAUGCUUCUUUUGGCUCAGUAGAACCUUGGCAGUCUAAAUUUGGCGUUCCAACUAGACUCAGCGCCGGCUCACAGAGCAAAAGCGAGGCAAGACCAGUAAUCGAACUGAUUUUCCCGAUUUCACCCCGUCUGCGAAAAGUGCGCCUGCUCGCCGGGUAUGGAUCCAAUGGGCUAUAAUUUUUUUUUUCAAUUGAAGACCAACAUCUGCACUACACGCCACAGAAGUUUGGAGUCGCAAAGUAAAUGCUGCGCCAAGAACAGGACCGAUUUCCCCGAAAAAAGCUGCGGCCAAAAGCCCAAAAUUUUAAGUCACGUUUUGAGCUCUAUGUCACCACCAAAAGCAGCCACGGUGAAACGGGUUGAAUAUGUUAUAAAUAAUGCUCUAUGUUAUUGAUGAUGACCGUUAUAUUUGCGGAAUUUUGAUUGCUAGGAAAAAUAUAGCUAUAAAAAUAAGUUUCCAUUUUUUUGCCGCACCCUGUACUACUUCCUAUCGAAAAAUUCGAAUUUAUAUUCCACUUGAUGCCUACUAUAAGAUCAUCUCAUAAUAUCUCAAACAGGUGUCUAAACCAAAUUCGUUUCAGUUAAAACGCGAGAUCUUGGACGUAGCCCGACGCUUUGAUCACAUCCAGAUCAAAAACGAAGUCGUCACCUCGCUAAUCGAGCCAGAAUUGAAAUUCGGCCUAAUGGACGCAGUGUACGAAUGGGCAGAGGGAAAACCCUUCAAAGACAUCAUGACCUUGACGAAAUGCCAAGAAGGAAUUAUUGUACGAUGCAUCCAGCGCCUGGACGAAGUCUGUAAGGACGUGAGAAACGCCGCGAGAAUCAUCGGAGACCCGAUUUUGGCAAGGACUAUGGAAGAAACCAGCGCCAUAAUCAAAAGGGACAUCGUUUUCGCCGCAAGUCUCUACACCACCGAUGAUAUGAACUAG